GCAAGGUAAGGGCUGGCUGCUCGGCCCGGGCGCGGGGCGCGGGGCGCAGGGCGCAGGGCGCGGGCGGUGUGCUCCGCGGGCCGUGCAGGACGCGGGGCCGGGCCUGUCCAGGGCUGGGGACAAUGGGAGGGGGAGUGCCCGGGCACCUCCUCCGCCCUGCCUCCGCCUCCAGCCGCCGCCGCCGCCGCUGCCCCGUCUGCCUCCACACCGAGGUGGUGACCUUGAAGAUCAGAGACAGAAGUGAAAAAGGAAUCCAGUGAGCUGUUUCUCAGCCCUCUGCUGUUUUCAUUGUUCCUCUGGGCACUCAACAGAGGGAAGAUAUUUUUCCUCAACUGACACUAGCAUUUCAUUUGGCUGGGCCUGGUCUCUGCUGUGUUUUCUAAGAGCAAGCCACCCAAGAUUUCAACGAUGUCUCAUCCAACUUGGCUGCCACCCAAAAGCACUGGUGAGCCCCUUGGCCAUGUUCCCGCGCGGAUGGAGACCACCCAUUCUUUUGGGACUCCCAGUAUUUCGGUGUCUACACAACAGCCACCCAAGAAGUUUGCACCGGUUGUUGCUCCAAAGCCUAAGUACAACCCGUAUAAGCAACCUGGAGCUGAGGGUGAUUUCUUCCCACCCCCUCCUCCACCUCUGGAGGAUCCCAACAUUCUUCCCUCUGGAUCUGGAAACUUCCCACCUCCCCCAGCCCUUGAUGAAGGUGUUUUCAAAGUGCAGGCAAAUCCUGGAGGGAAGACCCUUGAGGAGAGACGCUCGAGCCUGGAUGCUGAGAUUGACUCCUUGACCAGUAUCUUAGCUGACCUCGAGUCUACUUCUCCCUACAAGCCUCGGGCUCUGCAGGGCAAUACUACUUCAACUGCUCCUCCAGUCGCCACCCCUGUCACAGGACAUAAAAGAAUGGUCAUACCAAACCAACCCCCUCUAACGGCAACCAAAAAGUCUACGAUGAAACCUCAGGCUUCGGCCCAGGCUGGACCCAUCCCUGUGGCCCCAAUUGGAACUCUCAAACCUCAGCCUCAGCCAGUCCCGGCUUCCUACACCACAGCAUCCACCCCUUCAAGGCCUACCUUCAAUGUGCAAGUGAAGUCAGCCCAGCCCAGCCCUCACUACACGGCUGGCCCUUCAUCGGGACAAACGUAUGGCCCUGGGCCCCAUAGCUAUAACACUCAUCCAGUUCCUGUCUCUGGGCAGGGCCCACCUCCUUCAACCAGAGGAGGCACAGAUUAUGGGUAUGUUCCACCACCAGGACUUCAGCCUGAGCCCACAUAUGGUUAUGCCCCCAACCAAGGACGCUAUUAUGAUCCCUAUUACGCAGCAGGGCCAGGGUAUGGGGGCAGAAAUGACUCCGAUCCUGCCUAUGGUCAACAAAGUCACCCAAAUACCUGGAAGCGAGAACCAGGGUACACCCCGCCUGUGGCUGGGAACCAGAACCCUACUGGCGUGUAUCCAGCCACUGGUCCUAAGAAGACCUACAUCACAGAUCCUGUUGCAGCUUCUAGUGGACCACCGCUGCAGCAGAAGGGUGGACAUGCAGGGCCUAAGGGGCCUCCAUCUACUCCCUCUUCUUUCCGCCCGGAAGAUGAGCUGGAGCACCUGACCAAAAAGAUGCUGUAUGACAUGGAAAAUCCGCCUGCUGAUGAAUACUUUGGCCGCUGUGCUCGCUGUGGGGAAAAUGUAGUUGGAGAAGGCACGGGCUGCACCGCCAUGGAUCAGGUCUUCCACGUGGACUGUUUUACCUGCAUCAUCUGCAGCAACAAGCUCCGAGGGCAGCCUUUCUAUGCUGUGGAGAAGAAAGCCUACUGCGAGCCCUGCUACAUUAAUACUCUGGAGCAGUGUAACGUGUGUUCCAAGCCCAUCAUGGAGAGGAUUCUCCGCGCCACUGGGAAGGCCUAUCACCCUCACUGUUUCACCUGUGUGAUGUGCCACCGCAGCCUGGAUGGCAUCCCGUUCACCGUGGACGCCGGCGGGCUCAUUCACUGCAUCGAGGACUUCCACAAGAAAUUUGCCCCCCGAUGUUCUGUGUGCAAGGAGCCAAUCAUGCCAGCCCCAGGCCAGGAGGAGACUGUCCGCAUUGUGGCUCUGGAUCGUGACUUCCACGUGCACUGCUACCGCUGUGAGGAUUGCGGUGGUCUCCUGUCAGAAGGAGAUAACCAAGGCUGCUACCCUUUGGAUGGGCACAUCCUCUGCAAGACCUGUAACUCCGCCCGCAUCAGGGUGCUGACCGCCAAGGCGAGCACUGACCUUUAGAUGUAGUAGCUUGAUCGCUCCUUAGUGCAUACAGCGCUGAGAAGAAUGAAACACAAGAAAUUGCUAAGAAAAGAAAUAGGAAAAUAGAGCCAAGGCAGUGGAGUUAUGGGAUGGUGUCUUUUUUCAUCUGCUGUUAACCUCCCUUUGGAAUCACUUGGCUCAUGAGAUUUUUUUUUUUUUUCAAGUUCUUACCAAGUGCACGUUUCACAUUCAAUCAUGCAGGGCCCUGGUGGGUCUUUGUUCUGAGGACUUCCACAUUUUUGCACAGAUUAUACUCCAUGCCAUUCGCUUCUGCA